GAUGGCGGGAGUCGAUCCAGUUUCUCUCGUGUUUGUUACGUCAACAUGGCGGACGAAAGUGGCCAAAUUGGCGUAAUGUUAAUUUGUGGCAUUCCUGCUGCUGGAAAGUCUACAUUUGCAAAAAUAUUGCAUAAAUACGUGCAGGAAAUAACGGAGGGCUCUUUUCACACAAUAUAUGUGUGUUACGAUGACUUAAUUCCUUUUGAUUUAGACUUGUAUGGUAGCAGUACGGAAAACCCAACUCAAAACGGUUUGGAAAUGGAAACCGAAAACAGGGUUGGUAAUAGCGAGACUCUAGAGAAUUUUGAGAACUACUCAUUAUGGAAACAGCACAGAAAAUACAUACUCGAAGCAGUCGAAAAAAUUAUGAAUUUGUUACAAAAUAGUCCAUGUGGAAAUGGAGAUGAAGGAAGCGGAUCAAAUCUUGAGGCAGUUGAAUUGAAGAUGGAAGGAUUGUCUGGUUUUCAAGAGUUUUGGGGCAUUUUCCUAAGAAGCAUAUCUAAGAAAGACAGAAAGUGUUCCUGCAUUGAGAGUGGUUCAAGUAGCUGGAGGUAAAAUACGUACGUAUUUCAUCCCAUGCCAUGAUUGCUCUAAGACCACGGACCUACGUCAGCGGAUUUGCUUGGGGUUGCCACCUGAAAUUGCCCAGAAUCCCCUCAUUUAUAAAUCAAUGAUGUUGCAAGGCUUAAGAUUUAACCCUCAUGCAUAUCACUGUCAUUGUUACAGGUGGAAUGGUAGUGCUCAUGUCAUUUUAGUGGAUGACAAUAUGUUUUACCACAGUAUGCGGUAUGAAUACGUCCAGCUAGCAAGAAAAUGUAAGUAAACUGUACACAUAGGGGGGUCUUUUAAGCCUACACCAAAGGUACUGGUAUGCAUGGAAUUAAAUGAUAGACAAUGCAGUUACACAGAGAGGCCAACUUCUCAAAAUCUUAAAGGUAGAGAUAUUUGAUUUAGGAUCACAUCCUCCUCCACUUUAAGAAUUGAUCAGUUUGUCCCAGUCUCACCCCACACAUUGGUACAGUAGUUGUUGGAAUGGACAUACUUAAUACAAAUCAAUUAAAAAUUACAAAAUUUUAAAAAAGUUCAACCAUACUUGAUAGGGAAACUUGAUAAUUUUCAAGGAAGAAGGAAUUUUACCUUUUCAAACUUGUAUCUAAGAUUUUUUAUUGUACUUGGUAAAGGGGACUAUGAGAUAUGUUCUGUAUGUUCAACUCCUGCAAAGACUGUUAGAAUUUGAUAUAUAAAUUCUGAAUGACUUGUGUAGCAGCAACCCUACUCUAUCCUGUUCAUUACUCUUUGGGAUGACACCCCCUUUUUCUCUGGGGAGCUGCCCAUACUCCAUCCAGUCAUUAGAUAAAUUAAUAAAGGGGGUUUCUUUCUAAAGGAAAUGUGGUGCCGCGUUGUGGGAGAGUAUAACAGGGUAAUUUAGUAUUAUAAAGAAGUUGGUAUUAUGUAAAUUGGCCACCUUAAAGAGUUUUAAAGCUAAAAAUCAGCUUUGAAACUCUUCAUGGUGGACAAUUUACAUAAUAUCCAUUCACUGAUAAUACUAAAUUACCAAGUUAUUAGGUAAGUUCUGAGUCUAUCCAUUGUUUUAUGUAAUACUUGGCUCAUCCAAAGAAAUUGUCCAGAACUAUUUCAACCAUUCUAAAUAAAAUUCUGGUUACUACUAUGAUACUGAAAAAGAGUGUUUCAGCUGUCACUGUUUUGUUUCAAGGAAGACAGAGCUGGGUUUGCAGAAGUGUUCUUGAAGUGUCCACUUGAAAUUGCGGAGGAGAGAAACAACUUAAGGAGCCACCCAGUGUCAUCAGACACUAUGAAGAAUAUGUUUAGUAAAAUGGAACCUCCUGAGCCUGAUAAGUUUCCUUGGGAGCAGUUCAGUGUCACAAUUAAAUCUGAAGUACAGUGGGAUAUUGAAAUAAUGUAGGUUGAUCCGCUGAGAAGAUUUGAAUAUUGCAUUUAUUCCACAACAUCCAAAUUCUCACAAGAGUCCAUUCAUAAUGUGAAUGCAUCAUAUAGAAGGUUUGGCUCCUCUCUGAAUUCAUUGCUUUUCUCUAAAGCAAUGAUUGACAUUUUUUUAUAUGAAAAAGGGGCCAUGCACUAAAAAUGACUUAAAUUCAUUUAUUCAUUUUUAAAUUCAUUUUUAUAAUUGCUUUGAAAGAAUUUACAGGAGGCCACACCUUUAAAUAGUUUUUAAGACUGGUUUACAACUGAUUUCUCUGAAUACUUAGAAAAAAUUAUUUAUAGACUGGACUUUUUUAUAAGUGACAUUCAGUGAACUCUAAACCUGCCCCUCUUCAGAGUGGGAUCAGGUUUAUUUAAGAUACAUCUCAUGAUAACAGUUUAAUAAUAAAUGAUGCCUGAAAAUUCUUAUGUGAUGUGAUGUAUGUUAUUUAAUAUUUUUUCGUAAGGGAGAGUGUGACUCUACUUAUUAGAGAGGCUUUGAAGCACCCAGCAGUACAAUGUGUGGAGGACUUUGAGGAAAAGGUGGGAAUGUUUAUAACUGUGACUGAUGGAUUUUGAACUCUCGACUACCUGUACUGUUCACAAAAUAAUGUUUCUUUGUUUAUAGAGAUUUAAUCAAUCAAUGAGAAAAUUACAAAUACCCCUUGCUGACAACAUGAUCAUGAUUAAUAGUAAAGCCAGAGCCAUAUCAUUGUUUUGCUCAUCCAUAGAUACUAUAAGCCUUCAUAAAUAACUGAUAUACUAGAUUGGUAAAAAAAAAAAAAAAAAUUUUUGUUUAUUGCACUGGUAAAUCCAUAGAAGAUUAAAACAAUUGAAGUGCAUUUUAUGAAAGCAAUAGGCCUCACAUUUUUAUCAGUUUACCAGCAUAAUAACCCAAUUGAGAUGUUGGGAGAACACAAGAGAAGUUUGUACAUCACUCCAGCUUGUGAUUUACAUCUCAAGUGGGUUAUUAUACCGAUAGACCAAUAAAAAAUGCAGUCUACUGCUUUAAGAAGUAUUAUCUCAAAUUUAGAAAUCAAUAAACAAGUGCAAAUUUAGUCAAUUAAAAACCUAAGGAAGCUAUCUAAGUAGUAGAGGCUCUCUUUUUAUGCUUUUAUAGGAAAAGUCAAGAAUGGCAUGCAUAACAAGCAUUGUCCAUCAGACUGACCAGGUUCUUAGAAAAUAUGUCAGUAAGGUUAUCUCUGAGGCAAAAGGUAGGUUCUAACAAUAAGAAAUUAAGAAUUACAUGCCACUUGUCAUGUCAGGUUUAAAAUAAAAUUCUGUGAUAUAAAAAUUGUAGCUACUUCAAAUUAUUCUGUUCUCCUGUUCAAAUUCAUUUGCAUAAUCCCAAUAAAGGUAUUUAUGGGUUAUUUUGUGUUUUUGUACAUCACAAACACGUGCAAACAUGCAUUGCAUAUUGUUUUGAAUCAAUAGAAAAAAAAAAUUGUAAUAUUAAUGAACAAGUACCAGUAAGUUGUGAUAUAAUUUGAAUAAUUGAUGCUUUUAGUCAUGAAAGUGUGUUAAACCGUAAUUAAUGUGGGACAGGUUUCACUUAGAGGAUUCUCCUUCCAAUUCCCAAAUAAAUUACAGUGGUUCAUUCAUGUUUUAUUGCACUAUGUUUACUUCAUGUCAAGCUAAAAAAAAAACUUUUUCAGUAAACCAAACCGUUUCUGCUCGAUUAACCUCACAAUGAUGUGCAGAUAGAAGGGGGGAAAUGUUUAAUUUCUUAAUACUGUCUGAGAGGGAGGUUAUUCUAUUAUUUUAUUAUUUUUCUAUAUUUUAAGAAGGAAAAACUAUCUGUUAGAUCAGAAAUAAUCAUAUUUGAACAAUGGCAGCCAUAUGCAAGUAUUCCAAUACCUUGCAAAUAAUAAUAAUAAUUGCAAUAAAAAUAUUUAUUGGUAUUAUUGUUAAAAUUUUUAUCUACUCUAUGACUGGUAAAAUUGCUCUAUUUUCCUAAAAUAUUACCAAUGCAGGCAGUGGAAAGGGGAAAAAAGAGCUUCAGUUCUUGGCAGCCCAGUUAAACAAGCAGAAGAAGGCAUUUCUGGACAAUCUACACAGCAUCAAGAGCUAUUCUGAAUGCAGUGGCAAAGAGAAGAGGAGUCUAGCUUCUAAACAACACUCACCUGGUGAUAAAACAGAGAUCAAAAGGGACAACUCUCGUGAAAGAACACUUAACACAGUUUGCAAGCAAUCAGACACAUCUGAUGAAAAGCAACUUGCUCUUGUUCAAGGAAGUGUCCUACAUUUUAAAAACAUUGUGGCUGGACAGUCAAGAAUUGGUGAUUCUAGAUCACACUUUUGUCUCUGCUGCUUUCCAGAUGUUGAAGAUAAAGAAGAAUUUAAGUCAUAUGUGGAAGAAUUAUUUAAUGAAAUUAUUCAAUCAUAG